GUGAUGACCCCAGGCGACCUCGCUGGCGGGGACUAGUUUAUCUGAGGCGGACAGUUGCCGCUAGCACCAGUCGCAGUCAGCUGCGGAUUCGAAAGUGGUUAGGUACUUCACAUCAUCGUCGAUCAUGUACACGUGGCGCUACGCGCGGCCGAUGGCGGCACUACUCGCCGCUUUGUUCUGUUUAUGUUCUGUGCCCGGCGGACAGAGUGCCUCAGUCGCCCGUCGAGCCAUGCAUCCAGCCUUCAAGAACGCCGGCACCCAGGACGGUCUCAAGAUAUGGAGAAUCGAGAGUUUUGAACCAGUGGCUUACCCUGAGAAAGACUAUGGCAAAUUUUACAGUGGAGAUUCCUACAUUGUUUUGUUUACCAAAAAAGAUAAGAAAUCAAACACAUUCAGCUGGGAUAUUCACUUCUGGCUGGGCAACCAAACGUCACAGGAUGAGGCUGGAGCUGCUGCCAUACUGUCUGUAGACCUAGACGAUGGGCUGGGGGGAGGACCUGUGCAGCACAGAGAAGUGCAGGAACACGAGUCACAACAGUUCCUUGGCUACUUCAAGUCGGGAGUGAGAUAUGUGCCUGGAGGAGUUGCUAGUGGCUUCAAACAUGUAGACAUCAACGCCCCUGGUGCUAAGGCCUUCUACCAAGUCAAAGGCAAGAGGAAUGUCCGUAUUCGUCAGGUGGAGCCAAAGGUUUCAUCAAUGAACAAAGGAGAUUGCUUCAUCCUAGACACUGGAAGGGACAUCUAUGUCUAUGUUGGGUCCAAGGCUAAGGGCUCAGAGCGUGUGAAGGCUGGUGGUGCUGCCAACUUAAUCAGAGACCAGGACCAUGCUGGCCGAGGCAAAGUUUAUAUCAUUGAUGGAUCCAGUACAGCAGAUGAGGUCAAUGAAUUUUUCCAACAACUAGGAGGAGGCUCAGCAAGCCAGGUUGCUGAUGAAGCCAAGACUGAUGAUGAUCAGCAGUUUGAGAGAAACCAGGAUUCCAUAGUUUCCCUCUACAAGAUCAGCGAUGCUUCCGGCUCUAUCUCCUCAGUUAAGGUGGCAGAGAAGCCUCUCAGACAGCAGAUGCUCGAUACCAAUGAUGCUUUUAUCUUGGACACGGUGUCAUCUGGUAUCUUCAUUUGGAUCGGAAAGAAAGCAACCACUCAGGAAAAAGUCGAGGCUUUGAAAAAUGGCCAAGCCUUCCUUACUGAGAAAAAUUAUCCCGCUUGGACUAAGAUUACAAGAGUUGUGGAGGGAGCAGAACCAACUGCUUUCAGGGAGUACUUCGGCACCUGGACAGACACAGUUGGUCGGCGAGGAAGUAGUGGAGGAAGUCCAGCCCGUACCCGAGGCCGGCGUGCUGUUUUGUAUGAAUGCAACCCUGCAGUCGGCUUCAUGCCUGACGAUGCCUCAGGGGAGAUGGAUAUCUACAGAGUAGAGAACUUUGAGCUUGCUCCAGUCAGCCCAAACACUUACGGGAAAUUCUUUGGAGGAGAUUCCUAUGUAAUAAAAUAUAAAUAUAAUGAGGCUGGGCGAGUAAAGUACAUUAUCUACUUCUGGCAGGGGAAAGAUAGCACUCAUGAUGAGAAGGCUGCUUCAGCAAUCCAUGCUCUCAGGUUGGACAAUGAGUUGGGAGGAAAGGCUGUUCAGGUCAGAGUAACUCAAGGUCAUGAACCAACUCACUUCCUUCGUCUUUUCAAAGGAAACAUGAUAGUGUUCCUUGGAGGAAAAGCAAGUGGAUUCCGUAACCUGAAAGAUCAUGACACUUAUGAUGUUGAUGGCACCCGUCUCUUUCAGGUCCGUGGUUCUUGCAAGGAUGACCUCCACGCGGUUCAAGUUCCUGAAGUAGUCUCUUCACUUUCUUCUGAUGGUGCAUACGUCCUGGAGACUCCAAGCACGACAUACUUAUGGAUCGGAAAGAGUUGCCCAGGAGAUCUGGAGGAGUUGGCAGAGGGUAUUAGUGAAGUUGUAGCUCCUGGUCACAGUGUGACCACCAUGAGUGAGGGUGACGAGCCGGCAGGGUUCUGGGAGGCACUGGGUGGUCGUGGAGACUAUCAUACCUCCUCUGACAGUCUCAGACCUGCUCGGGCAGUCAAGCUGUUCCACUGCCACGUGCCUUUCCCCAACAAAUUGCGAGUGGAAGAGAUUUCCCAGUUUACACAGCAGGAUCUGUUUGAAGAUGACGUGAUGGUGCUAGACUCAGGAUACAUAGUCUACAUCUGGGUCGGGAAUCAGUCCACAGAGGAAGAAAGAAAGCUCGCUGUUAAGAUGGCUGAGGACUACUUAAAUAAUGACACCAGUGACCGCCAACCAGAGGACUCAGUAGUAGUUGUUAUCAAGCAAGGAGAGGAGCCCCAAAGCUUCAAGAAUCUUUUCCCAGAGUGGGACCCGGAUAUGUGGGCGGCUUAAAGCAACCGCCAGCUGGUCUUUCAGUGAAUUCUGAGAGCUAUGAAGACUUCAAGAGAAGAAUUGCAGAAAGUAAUGAACAACUUGAAGAAGAUGACUGAAUGGAUUAAUUUGAAUUUAAAAAUAACAAACAAAUAUAACUUUUUAUAUAGUUUAAUCAUAAGUAUCCCAGGGUAAAUAUUUUGUUUAAUAACACAAAUAAAAUAUAUAUAUUGUGAUCUAAAUUGUGUUCAUUAUUUACACAGGUUAUAUUAAAAACCAAUUUCAUUUC